UUCUCCGUAGAUAGUGUUGUUAUUUUCUGCCUCUUAGUUGGCUAUCAAGAAACUCAAUUGCAUUCAAGUGGAAACGACCUUCAACUUCCCGAAGCCAACUUCUACCCAAUGAUGAAGAGUACAAUAACACCUCACCUUGGGAUAAAACGCUGUAAAAUUAAAGCCCUCCGUGCGAAAACCAACACAUAUAUAAAAACACCUGUUCGUGGAGAAGAACCUGUUUUUGUAGUGACCGGUCGUAAGGAGGACGUUGCUAAAGCUAAGCGUGAAAUACUCUCGGCGGCAGAGCAUUUUAGUUUAAUACGUGCCACAAGAAAACCAUUUUUUGAUGCCAAUAUGAGUGGAACAUUUCACGGAAACAAUUGUGGAGCCAACAAUAUUGGCAAAAUACAUUCGUUCCCACCUUCUCUGCCCGGACAAGUUACUAUACAAGUUCGUGUGCCAUAUCGAGUGGUUGGAUUGGUUGUUGGACCCAAAGGCGCAACUAUAAAACACAUUCAGCAUCAAACACAUACCUAUAUUGUUACACCGUCGCGUGAGAAGGAACCUAUAUUUGAAGUAUCUGGUUUACCUGAUAACGUUCAGUCAGCCCGGAAACAAAUUGAAGCUCAUAUAGCACUUCGAACUGGUAAUUUGCCUCCUAAUAGUGGUAGCAAUAAUAGUUCAGUUCUUUUAUCUGAUUCCUCAAAUGACACAUUAACAGCUCAUAGCUUCAAUGUUUUAAGCCAGAUUCUAAAUGACCCCUCAACAGAUUCGGAUAUUCUAGUGUCUUUGUAUAAAACUGAUAGCGGCCGAACAAGUUUUGAGUGUGGAGAUGGCAGCUUGAAAAUAGCGAACAAAGCGAUGGACAUACAAGAUUUGGAGCUCCUGGGUAAUAUUGAUAAAUUGAAUUUCAAUACUGAGUUUAGGAAAAGUAGUUCUGUUAAAAUGAAACCUCACAGCCUUCCAAAUUUAGACAACAUUUUAUUGCAAAAUUUAGACUCGACACGUCAAUUCUCAGAUUAUGUAAGUGGUUUAAUAAACAAUUGCAAUUUGAAGGAAGCCAGUAGCCCUGCGUCGGACUUGCUUACUGAUUUAGAACUGCAAUCUCAUAAUACUCGACUACAACAUCAACAGAACUUAUACCCACCAUCGAAAUCCAUAAUAAACAAUCAGUUGCUACCAUCACCCUCACUAUCUCCCUUGCAAGCUAAUCAGACGAGUUUUGUUGACAAUGUUGGCCCUUAUAUGCAAACAAUAAGCUUUUCGAACAAUUUGACACCUGUAUACAACGCUCAAAGUACUGCAUGUGCAAGUAUCACAAGUGCAGUUGUUCCGUCAAAUAUAAAGAAUGGUAACCCCACUACGCACAACAGUAAUGCCUGUAGUGGAAUGGCACGAUCUUGUUCUUCGGCUUCCUCAACUACGUCCUCAAAAAGUGCUAAUAACAGUGGCUGUGGCAGUCGACCAGAACUUAUUAAUAUCUGGAAAAAUUUGGGUGAUUCCCUUGAUAUGGAUGAAGGGAUUGGAGAUUCACCAAGUAUUUGGAAUUUGCCCGCAUCAUUAACGACGUUAACAGGAUCUCAUUGUUCACCAUCGACUUCAAUAAGUCCGACUGAUUCACUUUUAGGUGAAAUUUCUGCUCAUACUCAUCAAAAUAGCGGUAAUCAAAAUCGUUUAAAUGAAUUACAACUUGAAACAAACAAUUACAAACAUUUUCUGCAACAUCCAAGUUUCCAAUCUGAGAAUUCCCAGAUUCAACGGCGUGAUUGCUUUUUAUGUAAGAAGAAAGAAAUAACUCCUACUUUAGCUAAAUGUGGUCAUAAUAUGUUCUGUAUGGACUGUGCUAAUCGCAUUUGUGAGUUAGGUGACUCUACUUGUCCUGCUUGCAAUUUAAACGCUUAUGCUAUGCGUAUACUAGCAUAAAAAUUUACACACAUUAGAAGUGUAUGUGAGAAAUAACUAAAAUGAUCAUGUUUUUUAUUAAAAUUAUACAUAUUAAUUUCUGACACUGGUCUAAGGAAGAGUUGAAACACGUACAAUUAAUUAGCUGCUGCGCAGAUUUUAAAUUCUUCAAGACUAGGUUAUUAUUUUAUUGUAUAUCUAUUUUAAAUUUGCAACAAGUUAGAUAAUCAGCAACAUUUGGUCUAUUCAAUGUUAUGAAAAUAUAAGUGAUAUAAAAUGAUUCUCUUUACUAUUCACAAGACAGGCGAAAAUAUAAAAAAACUUCAUUUGCAUAAUAGUUUUAUAUAAUUAUGUGCUUACAUGCCUACUAGUAUAUACAAAAAAAUUUCCGACUUGAAAUUAACACCUAGAUAUUAAUACACCAAUGUCUAAAUUAUACAUCUAAGUUAUUUUAUAUAAGGACGUUGUUUUUUCGUUUAAAAGUAAAUGAAAUUAUAUAUCAUGAGAGGAAGAAAUAUAUAUUUCUUUCUAUAUUAUAUUUUUAUAAUUAAUAUUAGGACAUGUAGGUGCCGUUUAAUAGUAUUAUAAUAUUAUAUAUAUAUAUAUGUAUAUGUAUACGAGUGCAUACAUACAUAUAUAUAUAUAUAUUAUGGAAUUUCAAAUAAUAAUAUAUUUGAGACCUCAUUAUAAGUAUUAAGGCUGCCCAUUUCUCCAUUUUCUAUAAGGAUAAAAGAAAAAAAUAUUGUUUAUUCAGAAAUCGUGCAUAAAUCAUAGAUUAUACAAUUUAUUGACGAAUUAUUUUUUGCUACGUAACGGAAAUUAAUGUGGUAAAAUUCACUCAAAACAUUAUAAUCUAUGCUUUUGUUUCUAUUUUUUAACAGAAGCAUUUCAGUAUAAUGUGUCAUUCGUCGGUUAUAAAAACGGAAAAGUGAUUUUUGAGUUAUUCUUAUGGAAAAUUGAAAAGUGCACUGCGAACUGAAACAAAUCUUUUGAGAGCGGUUGUAAUAUUUUUUUAUUUUUAUUAUUCUAUUCCGAAAACAAUGAACGACUAAUAUACGGUUCCAUACAUAAUUUAUACCAUUAUAUAACGACAUCAAAAUUAGGCUUAAUUAUUGUAAGAAAAAUUAUAUUAAUAAACAUGUUGGCAACCAUGCAUUGCCACGCAGUCCUAAAUGUAACUGAACAAACUUUGACUAUGCAUCAUGUUCCAAAAUGCAACGGUCAAUUUAUAGAUUCGCAAACAAAAGCAAACUGGCAAUAGUUAAAAUUUGUGAUGCUUUAUUUUACAAUGGCCGACGUCGAAGCGCAAGUAUUUAUUAUUUUUUAAACAUUAUAUUAGAUAUUUUUUUCAUCUGUAUUAUAUUUGAGCCGAUUCACCGAAAAGCAACAUUUAAUAUUUGCACGAGAAGCGUUCCAAAAUGUCAGAGCUCGCUAAGUAUUUUUGCAAGCAAAAUUAAAUAUUUUUACCUUUUGGAACUCGCCCAGUCCCUAAAUAUCUGAGUGCGCUAACUAGCCAAGACAUGAAAAUAAAUAAGUCAAACAUUAGAGGUA